CUGCCAAAUCACACAGCCUUUGCUUUAAAUACCAUUCCUCAUAAUAUCGUAUCAUCAUACCAUCUAUUCAUUCAAUUCCAUCGAAUUUGCCCUUUGUUUUGGUUUGAGAUGUCUCAACCUCAGAUGUUCACCAUCGAUUUCUUGGGAAUCGGAAGUGAUGAGAAGGGUAGCCCCCAAUUGGAUUCCGCCAUGGAUUGCCACCACCAACAACUUGUGCACAGUCGAUCAACGCCGUCAUACCUGGGAAAGAUAAAACCCUUCAUGCUGCAACAAGGGCUCUCACACGGAUGUCCGAGCGAUCCAGAAAAGUUUCACAGAGAAGGUCAGAUAGGGGCUUGUGAAGGAAUUAAGACUCUAGAUCUGUUUCCCCUGCAUCCUCUAGGGUUUCAAUCCAACAGUAAACAGGACAAGAGCCAAUCGGUUUUGUUGGAUACACAAAUUGAAAUUUCUGAAGCUGUUCCAACCAAUCCAUCGUCCGCCCAACUAUCGAUUUUGUACAAUUAUCCGACGCAAAGUGUUUCAAAUUCAGAAGAAUCCACACAAGGGGGAAAGCAAAGCCACGCUGUCAAAACACCAAAUGCCAAUCUUCCGAUGGCUAAGAGGUUAUCCCUUCAACGAUUUCUGCAGAAACGGAAGGAAAGACUUAGCAGAGUCAUUCCCUACGCGACGUCAUCGAAGUAAAAGGAAUCUGAAAUUGUUUGCUUUGUAAAUGCGAAAGCGAGAGCAAAGGAUGAUUUGUUCUUAUCCGCAAACAACUUUCGAGGAGGCGGAGAUAGUGGGCGGGUGCCACAUGUUCCCACGUGCUUUGUCCAAUUGACAUGACUCCUCCACUUGCAAUAUUCAGAAUGUGAUCGCAUUGGAAUGAACGAGGAAAAUGUGUUUAAAAUCAUGAGGCCGGCAUUUGUGAUUGCGCUGUGUAAAAUACAAUUUUUCUCCUCAUAUUCAAUCAGAAUUAUAUUCCUCAAUAAUGUAUUUUUUUAUUCUUUCAUUUAAGAAUUUAAAUGCGGAGUUACUCCUAAAUUUGGCCGGGUUUAAACGGCACA